AGCAACUUCAUUGAGUAUCUCAGUCUGAAACUUGCCAGCCUCCAAAGCCUCGUUCAAUAUGCAUCUUUCCAGCAUCCUCCUUGCGGGCGCAGCCCUUCUCGCGGGUGCCGAUGCAUGCAAAUGUGUCAGUGGCGGCAACGUUUACCUCGAUGCCUCUCACGCUUGCUGCAACGAUCUUCGUGGGAACUGGCGCAACGGAAAUGACUGCCAAGCCGGAUCCAUUUCAGAGCAUCUGUCGAACUUCCGCCGCUGCUGCAGGAACUGGGGAUUAACUUCCGAUUGUGACUGCCCUACCUGCUCUGCUGCUGAGCUUCAAGCCGAUGCUGUUCACGACAGCCCUGUUGCAAACCCUGGGAAUGAGAAGUAAGCGCGUCCCUGUGGAGUUCCACUAGAACCUCGAUUCGACACUGG